AUGGUGACCGCUUCAAUCCGCGCGUUGCGGAUGGCUGGGCGCUUGCGGUGUGCUGGCAGUAACCUACGUCGUGCUACCACCCAAAGUCAAGGUGGCUUCUUCAGCGCGCUUUCUUGCUUCAAGGAGCGUUGGUCUUCCAGGUGUCACUACUUCAUUCAUGUUGGCAACUGCAUUGUCUUGCUUGCCAUCAAUCAGAAAGACAUGCUGCAGCUGCGGAGCCUUUCGGUGACCGCCUCCUGCUGUGGCAUCGCUUACAACCUCCUGCAGCCAACGCCCCUUUGGGCACCAGCUGCUUGGGGUGCCUUUUUCAUCUCUUGUCAUCUGUACUACAUCACCCAAUUACUUCGUGACCGUGUGGGUAUCACAUUGGAUCCAGAUCAUGAGGCAGCGUAUGAGAUGGCCUUCAUGCCUCAUGGCUUCACACCACGGCAGUUCCUGAAAGUCUUCGAGGCAUGUUCUGGGCGGAUCGAAGAGGCCUUUUGUGGCACCUACAUUUGCCGCCAAGGAGAAACAAAGAAAUGGGUCCAUUAUCUCAUGGAGGGCGAGGCGAUGCUCAUCGACAAUGCCGAGGACAAAGUGGUCAACAUUCUACCUGGCAAAGGCAGCUGGUUGGGCGAGUUCUUCGAUCCUGCUGAGCCGGAUGACUAUUGGGAAACACCGCGUUCACACCGUGUGUCCUUCAAAUGCAUUGCCAAGCGCUGUCGGCUUUUGACCUUGGAAAUUCGUCCUUUGCACAACGCCAUCUUGGAGAGUGGGUUGGCUGAAGCAGCAACUCGAGCCGAAAUCUCUGACCUUUGGGGAAAGCUGAGAGGUUCUCACCAUGAACACAGACGGAACACGUACUCGGCGAUGCUGGAACUCGCAGUGGCUGAUGGCAAAGUGGAUCCCAAGGAGGUUGAACUCCUUGACAAAUGGAAGACCCGCCAUGGGAUCCCAGAGGAUGACCACCAGGUGAAGUUGGCCGAGUUGGGUUGGACUACUGAGGAGUUCACCAUAGGUCAACGUGAUCCCAAUCGACGGCUGCGGCCGCUGCCCAGAUAUCGGCCCUGCUGUUCUCCCACCACCGCCACGCCCUGCGAAAGUCCGGUGCUGCUCAGCUACCCGGAAGGGGGCAUCACCAGCCCCCUGGGCCGCGCCAACACCAUCGCCAGAGCCACUUGGGAGAAAGGUGGCAAGGGCGACUGGAACUCACCAGCGUGGGCACCUGCGAAGCCAAGUCCACCUUCUGGGAAAGGCUGGAACGCCGGCUAUGAGAAAGGCCAAGCAACAGGAUAUGGAGGCUAUGGCGGCGGCGGCUAUGGCGGCAACUAUGGUGGUGGCUAUGGCAAUGACUAUGGUGGCAAGGGCUAUGGGUACGGCCAGACACGCAGAGACUACGGAAAAGACGGCAAAGCCAAGGGAAAAGGGAAGUACGAUAGGUCCGACAGAGACCGUGGCGCAAAAGGCGUCGGUAAGUUUGGAAAAGACGGAAAAGGCUUCGGGAAGAAGGGUCGACACGACGGCGCUCCAGUUGGCGAGCUGGUUCCAGAGGAGAACGCCACCACGAAGCGUGAGUGUGCCUCGGAAUUUGAUUUGACAGCUGCCAACGAUCGCUUCGAAAAGUUGGACAAUCCCGACACAGGCACAGAAGGUGCCGAUUUGAAGCCCUUGGACGGCUACGACAAGACCAAGUCUUUCUUCGACUGCAUCUCGUGCGAGGCGACAGAGAGGGCAGGAACGUCAGAAAGACAGAAGAUUGACCGGGAAAAAGCCAGAGAGUUCGAUCGAGAGACCUUUGGCGACACGCGACGACCACCUCGACCUCAAGGGGGUAAAGGCCGCAGGAGGCAUGGUUAG